AUGGUCCUUCAUCCAGUCGAAACACAUGGCCAUGGGGACGCUGGAGUGGAUCUGUCUGCUGAAGAGCUAGGAGGCACUCCGGAGCCGAUAGCAAUCAUCGGAAUGGCCUGCCGAUUUCCCCAAGACGCAACCUCGCCUUCGGAGUUCUGGAAGCUCCUGGAAGAAGGACGCUCAACCAGAACCAAAGUGCCCUCCGGUCGGUUCAACGUGGAUGCUUUCCCCACAACAGCCAAAGCUGGCCACUUCCUAUCUGGAGACCUCGCCGCGUUUGAUGCUUCGUUCUUUGCUGUUCCCAAACAUGAAGCCGAUGCCUUGGACCCGCAGCAGAGAGGUCUCUUAGAAUGCACCUAUCACGCCCUGGAGAAUUCCGGGAUCCCGUUGGAGACGGUCACGGGCUCCAAGACCGGCGUGUUUGUAGGAUGUAUGGGUAGAGAAUACGACUGGACGCUCGCCAGGGAUCCGGACUCUCAGCAUCAAUAUCAUGCUGUUGGUAGCGGUUCGGCAAUGCUUUCCAACCGGCUAAGCUGGUUCUACGAUUUCAAAGGGCCGAGCGUCACGAUUGAUACGGCCUGCUCCAGUAGUUUGGUGGCGCUGCAUCUUGCAUGCCAGAGCCUGCAAUCUGGGGAUUCAAGCAUGACGGUUGUCGGGGGGGCCAACAUCAUGAUCAAUCCAGACGUUUGGAUUGCAAUGUCCAGUCUGAAUUUCCUCUCGCCAGAUGGCCAUUGUUACAGUUUUGAUCAUCGCGCCAACGGGUACUCCAGAGGCGAAGGGUUUGGCGUGAUCAUUCUGAAGACACUCUCGCAAGCGAUACAGGAUAAGGAUACGGUACGCGCUGUCAUCAGAGCCACUCAUUGCAACCAGGACGGAAACACGCCCGGCAUUACGAAUCCAAACAAAGAUGCUCAGGUAGCCUUAAUACGGGAGGCGUAUGCCAAAGCUGGACUCAGCCUCGACGACACCAGAUUUUUUGAAGCUCAUGGCACGGGCACACAAGCCGGAGACACGACCGAAGCCGCCGCUAUCCAGGAAGUGUUUGGGAAAGUGAGAGACACACAGGAUCCCAUCAUAAUUGGCGCCUUGAAAUCGAAUAUCGGACACUUGGAAGGAGCGAGCGGAGUAGCUAGUGUCAUCAAAACCGUGCUGGCGCUAGAGAAGGGUAUCAUCCCGCCGAAUGCGAAUUUUGAGAAAGCAAACCCGCGGAUACCGGUGGACGAGUGGUGUGUAAAGUUCCCUGUGGUGCCACAGACAUGGCCUUCUCCUGGUCUCCGACGUGCAUCACUGAACUCCUUUGGCUACGGUGGCUCAAACGCGCAUGCGAUCUUGGAUGAUGCAUACCACUAUAUGACGAAAAACGGGAUCAAGUAUAGGCACAAUACUCAGUUCGAACAGACGAAACAAACUUUCGUAAACGGUACCAGCGGUACGUUGGGCGAACUUUGCGAGGAUACGGCCCGUAACAAUGGACUGUCCGCUCAUGAACCAGAUCUGGCCGUCCCUUCACCGAAGCAGACGAGGGAGGCAACCCAGCCAACUUCUUCGUCGUCUAAUCGAUCAAAAGCUCCCCACACUCAAACGAACGGCUUAAAUGGUAUCGUGCGUGGCGUGAGGGCUGGAAAUCACUUUGUCCAUGACAGACAGUUCCUCUGGCCUCUCUCUACCUUUGACGAACCGUCAAUGCAAAAUCUAGUGCAAGGCCUGCAGGUUGUAUGCGAGAAAGACUCAAAGCUUUCCACUAAGGAAUUCAUAGUGGACAUGGCAUACACCCUAGCAUCAAAGCGAAACAAAUUGCGAUACAGAUCAUUCUGCCUCGUUGACGAAGAGCUUGGGAAUCUACAAGAGUUCUCCCAAGCCUGGUCUCAACCAGUGAGAACAACUGGCCGAGUACCAAAAGUCGCAUUUGUAUUCACGGGACAGGGUGCUGCGUGGUGGGACAUGGGCAAAGAGUUACUGCAUGAAUCGAUCUACAAGGACAGUAUAACAGAGUCCAACCGUAUUCUUCGUAAUAUGGGUUGCGAGUGGGACCUCUUAGAGGAAUUGACUCGCGGUGAGGAGAAUUCCCGAAUUCUAGAAGCGCAAAUCUCGCAACCGGCCACUACAGCAUUGCAAAUUGCGCUUGUUAACCUCUUGCGGUCUUGGAACAUCACUCCCUCUGCAGUAGUAGGCCAUUCUUCAGGAGAAAUCGGAGCGGCUUAUUGCGCUGGCGCGUUAUCGCACCGAGCCGCACUUCAAGUCGCGUUCUAUCGAGGGAAAGUAUCCGCAGAACUCUACCGUGGCUGGAAUGGACCCGCGGAGGGAAUGAUGGUAGUUGCGUUGAGUCUGAAGGAAGUCGAAAAUCUUAUCUCAUCAUAUAGGGAUAAGGGACAGAUAUGCGUUGCGUGCGUCAAUAGCCCGAAACAUAUCACACUUGCGGGCAGUUCUGCAGGACUGGAUGCGCUCAGACGAGACCUCGAAGCCGAGGGAGUUUUUGCAAAGGAACUCAGGGUCGAUAUCGCAUAUCAUUCUCCUACCAUGGAACGAAUUUCCAAGAAGUACCUAUCACACCUGGAAGGGCUCUCAGGCGUUAACGAUCCGAUGACCACCCAAACAACGCCAGUCUUCUCAUCAGUUACCGGCAAGCAAGUAUCAAUCGAAGAGCUACAAUGUGGGGAAUACUGGGUUACAAAUAUGGUCUCCAAAGUCCAAUUCUCAGCCGCACUUUUAGCGAUGCGUGAGGGGAUUGAGGCAAGCGCGCAGGACUGGAUCGUCGAAAUCGGCCCCACAAACGCCCUACGAAGACCCAUCCUCGAAACCCUAGAAGAGGUGCACUAUGCACCCUGUCUGCGCUGCGAAAUUUCGGCUUACCAGACCAUGCUGACUUUAGCAGGCAAUCUGUGGUGUCAUAACGUCCCGGUCGACCUAAUAGCUAUGAACGGUAUUGAUUCUUCACGUGCGAAUAUGCUGGCGCAUCUCCCCCAGUACCCUUUCAACCACACACGCAAGUUCUGGCAUGAGAGCCGUAUGAAUAAGAAUAUUCGCUUCCGUCAAUAUCCCCGCUGUAAUAUCCUGGGGAGCCAGGACCCAUACUUCAACCCCCUCGACGCAAAAUGGAGGAAUACUAUUCGCAUACAAGAGUUACCGUGGAUUGAGGAUCACAAGAUCAAUGGCUCAGUGCUUCUGCCUGCAAGUGGCAUGGUUUUCAUGGCCGUCGAGGCUGCACGGCAACUUGCCGCCACAGCCGCCGAAUUGAUAUCUGGUUUCAGAAUCAACGAUCUACUCAUAUCCCGAGCGCUAAUCUUUCCAGCCGACGUAGAUACCGUCCAAACAGAGAUUUCUCUCCAGAGGGAGCGCACUGGUUCUAAUAAAACAUCGUGGAGAUUCAGAGUAUUUGGCCUGGAAAACGAUCAAUGGAUGGAAGCCUGCCGAGGGUCUGUUGUUGUGGAAUUCGAGACCGAAGAACUCAAGGAUGGCUUUGAGCAUGACCACGAGCUACAAUUCGCGCGCCGAGCGAGACUCCAAGGUCACCAGCAGACUGCAUCCGAGUGUGGACGCACAGUACUGGUAAAGCAUAUGUACGACAAUCUUGAGAAGUAUGGCUAUUCCUUUGGGUCCAGCUUCCGGUCAUUAUCCCAGAUUCACUUCAGCGAAUAUGGGCAGGCGACAGCAACAGUCGACUUACAGCCGUGGAGAGGAAGGCCUGACCUGCCCCGGCAGUACCUACUUCAUCCCAUCCCGCUCGACGCCAUGUUCCAGCUUCCGUUGGUUGCCGUUUCGAAGGGCAGCUGGCAAGCGAUACCCACCAUGAUCCCGAACGGAGUCCGGGACCUUUGGCUAUCUGCCAAACUUCUUGACCAAGAGAAUACAGAUAUUUUUCUGACCACGACAUCUGUACAGACGGGAUCGCGGAAUUUCGACUUCACAAUCACAGCGUCAACGUCCGCAGGCGGGGAAUUGCUAGCCACUUUCGACGGGUAUCAUUGCGCUGCGAUAUCGACGUUGAAAGCGCAUGAAAGUUCAGAGUGGAGACGGAUAUGCUUUCAAGAGUCAUGGAAGUUGGACGUCAGUUCUGCGAGUCUUCAGAGUUUGGCAAACUACUGUAACACCAGGGCAAUGCCCUUGUUGCAAUUAGUGGAUGCCACUGUCGUCGAUGACGCCGAGUUGGUGUGCCUGCAUUUCAUGGCCAGAAGCCUGGAAUUGGCUGAAGCAACUCGUUCCAAACUGCCUCACAUCCACAAAUACACUGAAUGGAUGAAACACCAUCUGAAGACAGAAGCGGUGCAGAGGUACCUUGGAGCCCGGGGGAUGACUGAUCUACUUGGGGAAAACUCUCCUAAAGCCGCUAUAGUGUCGUGCGUGGAAGAUAGUGGCCCCGAAGGGAAGGUAUAUACGACCGUUGGCUCAGAACUUCCUCGCAUCAUACGCGGCGAGGUGGAUGUAAUUGAUUUGCUUUUCGGAGGGGACUUGCUACAGUCCUUCUAUAGCGGACCCUCUUUUCUAGCGAAUUAUGAAAAAAUGAGCGCGUACCUAGAUCUCCUAGCUCACAAGACUCCCGCCAUGUCGAUUCUAGAGAUCGGUGCCGGAACCGGGGGAGCUACGGCUGCGAUUAUGAAAACCAUCGGACAGGAUCCAUGUGACCCUCACAGUACGCCAAAAUAUCACGCCUACGACUAUACCGACAUAUCUCCUGGAUUUUUCGAGGCAGCAAAGGAGCGAUUCCAGCACUUUUCCGACCGCAUGUCAUUCAAGACACUUGAUAUUGAGAAGAGCCCCAGUGAUCAAGGUUUCAUUGUUGGGGCCUAUGAUGUCAUCAUCGCAUCUUGCGUCCUGCAUGCUACUUCGAACAUCUCAAACACUUUGAGAAACACGCGCUCUCUGCUAAAGCCCAGUGGGAAACUCAUCCUCUUCGAACCCACGGAGCCCAUGAGCACGCGUCUGCCCUUCGUGUUUGGGCUUCUAGAAGGAUGGUGGCUGGCGGAGGAGGAUUCCCGCCGCUGGAGUCCAUUAUUGACUGAUACAGACUGGGAUGCGGUGCUCCGACAGAACGGUUUCUCGGGCGCCGACCUAUGUUUGAAAGAUUUCGACGAUGGGUCUCACACUUUUAGUGUGAUUGUGUCGACUGCGGUUGAUCCUUCCCCAGUGUUGCCAAACACUCCUAGCUGUUCUCCACACGGCGUCGUCAUCGUUGACCCCGACUCCAAAGUGCAGAUUUCAAUCGCCGAGGAGAUCCGACAGCAUGGAGCGUGGGAGAUACUUCCAUUAGAAGCCAUGGAAGACAAGGUACUCGAGCAUCGGAUUACUGUUUUGCUCUUCGAACUGGGGAAUCCAGCCCUGCAUAGGCUAUCUCCCGAAACAUUCCUCUCACUCAAAUAUGCAGUGAACAAGAUGAGAAGAGUGGUCUGGGUAACUGGAGAGUCGACGCUUGAUCCAUUGGCAGGCGUGACGACAGGCUUCGCACGAACGCUGACUUCAGAAAUCGCCACGCUCACACUGACGACGUUAUCACUCGAAAACUUCGGAAAUGCUGCGAUGGCUGCAGAACAGAUCCUCAAAAUCUGCAACGCUCCUACAAAUGAGCUGGAACAGGAGUUUGCCGAAUGUAAUGGCGAACUGCACAUCAACCGAAUCGUGGAGUGUAACUUUCUCAGUGACAGGAUAUCGCAUGCCACGGUCCCGCAACCCCCGUCGAAGGUUACCCUCGGAAGCAAAAGGGAUAGGGCACUCACACUUCUCUCGGAUACUGAUGGAUUCAAUUCAAAAUUCCAUUUUGUGGAAGAUCUUGAUGAUCGAUUAGUGGAAAGUGACGGGGUAGAAGUCGUUGUCAAGGCGGUGGGAAUUCAUCGGACGACCAACGGGUCUAUUGCAUCUCACCAGUGCGCUGGAGUCGUCUCGCGCGUGGGGAGUGAAUUUCCAAGAGAAAACAUUCAGGUUGGCGAUCGCGUCUGUUGUUUGGCCAAGAAUGCCUUCACAACGAUUAUCAGGUCGCGCGACAUCAUCAUUCACAAGAUACCAUCGACUAUGAGUUUCGAGGAAGCCGCUUCAGUUCCGGUCGCAUGGUGCACGGCAUAUUACUCGCUUAUCCAGCUGGCGCAACUCCGCCAGGGGGAGACCGUUCUAAUUCAUGAUGCAACUAGCGCGAUUGGAAGCGCUGCCUUGCAGCUUGCAAAGCUCAAAGACGCUAAUGUUAUUGUUACUGUCGAGUGUAAAGAGGCACAGUCGUGGCUGAUCGAAGAGUACGGGCUCGAUGAGAACAAUAUCCUUUCCAGUCGAAAUGCGGCCUUUGAACACGGCAUACACCGCAUAACCCGUGCUCAAGGAGUAGAUAUAGUGCUCGGUCUUCCCUCCAAGGGAUCCCUGGGCCCAUCGAUGAGAUGUCUGGCUCCCUUUGGCAGAUUCAUCGACGUGUCAGGAGACAGCACACUUGAGAGGAAUGACUGCUAUCCAAUUUCGGAGAACAACAUAUCCGUAUUUCGCGUUAACCUCCUUGACAUGCUUGACAAAGCAAAGAAUCUGGCCCAAAGGAUCCUCGAGGAGGGCUUGAAUGCCUACAAAGCCUGUCGACGUCCAUUUGUUACUCAACGCAUAAAGUCUUUCACGGCAUCUCAGCUUGAGGAUGCCUUUAGGUGCCUUAACGGGGGAAAUUUCUUCUCGUUCGUGGUCAUACGGCUUGAAGAUGAAGACGUUGUUCCGGUCGUGGCUUCCCCCAAGGCGAAAUGGAAAUUUAGUCCAGCGGCAACCUAUGUCAUUGCUGGAGGAACUGGUGGGCUAGGACGGAGCAUCACCCGCUGGAUGAUGGAUAGAGGAGCGAGGUAUAUCGUCCUUCUCGGACGUUCCGGAGCACAGAGCGAAAGUAUAGCAAUUCUGAUUGCAGAGGCUAAGCGCAGAGGAGUAGAGGUGAAGGCGCCAGCGUGUAAUAUUACCAUCAUGAAUGCCCUGGAAGAAGUUAUACGAGAUUGCUCACAGUCAAUGCCGCCCAUUAAGGGGUGCAUACAGGCCUCUAUGGUUCUCCGGGACUCUUUGUUCGAGAACAUGGAUUAUGGGAUGUUCAAAGGCGCUUUGGAGCCCAAAGUCCAUGGAACCAUCAACCUUCAGAAGACCAUGCCAACAGACAUGGAUUUCUUUCUUCUGCUCUCUUCCACAACCGGCAUUUUUGGAAGUCGAGGUCAAUCAAAUUACGCUGGCUCAAGCACCUUUCAGAACGCAUUCGCGAAACAUCUUGUGGCUCAGGGCCAGAAGUGCCUUUCUAUCGACCUUGGCUUGAUGCUUGGAGUCGGGUAUGCCGCUGAACGACAACAUAUCACUGACUCUUUCCGGGCAUCAGGCUAUGAAGGCAUCAGCGAGUCAGAAUUCCACGCGUUACUGGAGUGGGCUUGUGACCCCGGACUCGAGUUGACGGCAGGAAACGCGCAUAUUAUCACAGGAAUCUCGACGCCCGCGUCCGUCGCCGCCAAAGGGCUUGAUGAAAUAUUCUGGAUGCGGAAACCCAUCUUCCGCGGAUUGUCUGAGAUGGAUAGAAGCCAAUCUACCCAAACGAGUGCCUUUAAAGACACGGUAGAUUAUCGUGCUCUCGUUCGGCAAGCUGCAUCCCACAAGGAGGCUGGACAAAUAAUCAGCAAUGGGCUGGUUGAAAAGCUGUCGAAAGCGUUGGGCAUGCCAACUUCAGACUUCGAUGUCGCGAGACCCAUACAUACAUAUGGAGUCGAUUCGCUUGUUUCCGUGGAAAUCCGCUACUGGUGCAGAAAGGAAUUUGAGGCGGAGAUUGCGGUCUUUGAGAUAUUGCAGAGUAAGAGCCUUGAAGAGCUUUGCCUCAUGGUGGCAACGAAAUCGGAACUUGUGGGCAUGAGCGACAAGAAUACGGCCACCGUUCAGAUGGAUAGGUAGAAGCACGUGCUUGUUAUCGUCAUAAAUAUCUUCUACCCACGAAAGGAGUCGCCUAGAUCUGGAAGGGCGGUUGAGAGUUACGGAUGCAGUUGGUUACAGUAUAAUUACUACAGGGCCGUGCUGCAAGCUACCCUAUAACAAGUCCCACAUGAAGGGUCCACUGUGGACUCGCGCCUUUUCACUUCCCACGCACGCCACCACGUGGGACCCUAGCAUAUCUAGCAGAUGGUUGC